AUGACAUCUGACCCACUUGCUCACCAAACUUCCCUGACUUCACUUGCCACUACCUCAUUCGACCUUUAUCUCUGUGGCCCUUCACUCAGUUUGACAGGUUUCCCGCCUGAGGGCGGUCACACGAACGAUCUCGUCAAAGACCUGCUCAAAUCAGAGCUCAAGGGCCACAUCAUCUUUGAAGGUGACCUUAACAUCAAACACAGCGAUAGCCUUUUCCACCACUUCAUUCCCAAAUCCUUAUUGAAGACUAAGGCGCGUGGAACUUCAAUCGAAAAAAAGCCUGAAGCGAAUGAAAAGAACAGCAACUCUGAGUCAGACAACUCUGAUGAUGAAUCUCACCCUAGCACAGAAGUUGCUGACACAGAUACUGAGGCCUUGGAUUCUCAAUGUUCUUGGAUGAUGUCUCAAGACACAGAUGGCACCUGGAGCCGUGAUGAAUAUGAUGGGACCGCAGAGCUGGGAUCAAAGAGGGCACGUAAGCCUUCAUCGACCGAGAAAGACUUACAGUGCCUCUUCAAAGCUGUUCAGUACGUCCUGCGCCAGUUUGCUAACUCACCAAUACCAGACCCUUACAAUGCCCAAAAGCCUGAUCUUGCUCUGUUUUAUUACAAGAGUAAGGUUUUCGAGAAAGCAUGGACAGACACCCUUAGCUUUGUCGAGCACACAUCCUCUGAUUUUAGCAAGAGGCGUGACCUAGGAGUGUACUGGGGGUCCGCCACUAAAGCAUAUCUCAUCAUGCGAGAACAGCCAUGGCGUCGCUUCGUCCUCUCAUUCUUUAUCUCUGCUGAACAACUUUAUGCCCAUUUUUGCGACCACUCGGGCCUCAUCGUAACUCUUCCAACUUCCAUCCAAUCGUCACCCGCUCGUGUUGCUGAUGCAAUCGCUACUCUCUCGUUAGUGGAUCCAACCCUCUUGGGUCUCAACCCCACAAUCCACAUGUGCAUCCCUUCUUGCAAGGGUACUCACACCGACUUAGCAGAGGGGGCAAUCAGUUGGGUAACCAACAAUCAUGGUAAAAUAUACUCAAUUUUGGCUGUUCUAUGGAAGAGCCAGGGUCUGUUUUGUCACGGAACAGUUUGUUACCGUGUUCGGGAUCCUGUAGAUGGGAAGGAAUAUGCGAUGAAAGAUUGUUGGGUGGCUGAGGCCAAGAGAUACCACGAAGUGGACGUCCUUGAGAGGGUCAAGAACAUCCCUAAUGUGGUCCAGCUCGUAGACCAUUGGGAUGUCCUAUUCGAUGGGGAGCCUGACUGCACAGCCCGCAUUCAGGAUAGAUAUGGUAUCCUGCCUGAGGACAGGCCAGACAAGAGAGAUCCGUUAUGGCAUUUCAGCUCCAGAAAGGAACUGAUUUGCACCUUUCGCGAUUUCGUGGUCGGCAUUGGGUAUUUCAUUGAUUUUGACCAUGUGUCAAUCAUGAAGGAGGGCGAGACAUUUACUAUUUCGUUUGGUACUGGAACGGUGCCAUAUAUUUCUAUGCGCAUUUUGAAAACAAUGUCAAAGAAUGCUGACAUCCUCAAGAAGUCAAAGACGAGCAUCAAUGCAAAGAAGAAUAGCACCAACACUAACAGCAUUGCACAGCUGAAACUGGUUGAGCACAACCCCAGUGAUGACCUCGAGUCACUGUUCUACAUUUUUUUCGAAUUUGUUUCGAAGUAUGGGGGUGCACAUGGUGCAGUUGCUCCGACUUGGGAUAAGACAACUAUGCCAUGGGCGGUGUAG